UUCCAAGAUGUCGGUGUAAGUUGUGUGUUGUGUGCUCCUGUCUGUGUUCGCUGUUUAAUAUUGAAUGUGGUGACGUAAUAGAUCCAUCUCAAUUAUCAACACAAGCAAACAUCCAUUCUCGCUAAAUGGUUCUGCUAACUAUGGUAUAGUGAAGGUUUCCAUGGCAACGUUGGCGGUGAUUGAGGAUGCGGAUUCGGCGAAGCCACAUUGUGUCUGUGAUACUGUUCGUGUUUCUUUCCUGGAACCUGCUCACGUUCUACGUUCUCUCUAACAAACCCAUGGGCAAGGUGGCCGAGGGCAUGAGUCAGGAAGUUUUGUCUUCGCGACUUGUGCAGCUGGAAAAGGACAUAUCGCAGCAACUCCACGAAAACGAGAAACUCCUCAAACAGUUACGUCAACUCAGGGAAAACGCAGAAGGAAAAUGCAGAUACCGACCAUCAGGUGACAAAUUUCCAAUCAUUGUGAGUCAGGACUGUGGACACCAGCCAACAGCAGACGUUAUACAGCAAUAUGUGAAAAAACAGUACAUUACACAUAUUCAGCAUCCUGACCAUGCCAACAUAAACCUCCCAUGGCCACAGAAGAAGUUCGUGGGAUAUUACAAAAUAGCCCGGCACUACAAGUGGGCCCUCAACCAAGUGUUUAAAGUCUUCAACUAUUCCACAGUAUUAAUAGUCGAAGAUGACCUCGACAUAUCUCCGGAUUUCUACGAGUAUUUUGCGGCCACACAUGACCUGUUGCGGUCGGACCCACUGCUGUGGUGCGUGUCUGCCUGGAACGAUAACGGCAAGAAUGGAAUGGUGUCCGACGAUUCAGAAUUGUUGUACAGAAGUGAUUUCUUCCCCGGACUUGGCUGGAUGAUAGAAAGGAGUACGUGGGAAGAGUUGGAACCGAAGUGGCCAGAAACGUUUUGGGACGACUGGAUGAGACACCCAGAACAAAGAAAAAAUCGGGAAUGUAUUCGUCCAGAAAUAUGUCGUACCAGCACGUUCGGCAAAAAGGGGGUUAGCAAGGGUUUAUAUUUUGAAAAACAUUUGAAGUUUAUUAAACUGAACACAAAGUUUGUGCCUUUUACCAAGAUGGAUUUAUCACAUUUAGAGAAGGAAAAAUACGACACGGAGUUUGUUAAUAAAGUUUACAACACGCAGCUUCUGACUGUGGAUGAGGUUCUGUCGAUGGCGAAGACGGAAUACUCAACGGUGCGGGUCCAGUACAGCACCAAGGACGAGUUCAAAACAUUCGCCAAGAAACUCGGAAUCAUGGACGAUUUUAAGGCCGGUGUACCUCGGGCUGCCUACAGGGGAGUUGUUAGUUUUAUGUUAAAGGGAAGAAGAAUUUACCUGUCACCCCCUCCUACGUGGAGUGGGUACGACCCAAAAUGGACCUGAUUUGUGUAGUGUGGUGAAUCUGUUCUGAAGUGCCACCAACGUUAUGAAUGGGAGUUAGUGACAGCUUCUUGAUUUCCUCUUCAACUUAACCCUGCCUGGUUCUGAUUGGAUGAUUGACCGACUGGCUUGAUGGCUUACAUAAAACGAGAGUAAAGAAAACACGUCCCCUGUCAUGGUUACCUGUCAUAGUUACGACUAACAGAUUUUUUCUGAUGACUAAAAUGACACAUUAAAGACACGUUAAAAUGACACACUAAAGACACGUUAAAAUGACACACUAAAGACACGUUAAACGUUAAAAUUAUGCAGUAAAGACGUUAAAAUUAUGUUGUAAAGACAUGUUAAAAGUACACACUAAAGACGUUAAAAUUACACACGAAACACAGGUUACAGUGACACACUAAAGAGAUUUUCCUGUGUAAGCUAUCAGUAUCUGUAUAAACAAGAUGUUUGCUGCUGUUUUCAUGUUUGUAUGGUAGCUCAAAUCGGAUUUUACUUUCCAGUAAUUUUGUACAGAUGAAAAGAUAUAUAUUACAAAGUAAAAUGUGCAAUGACUCCUGCAAACAUUAGCGCACGAUCGUAAACACAUUGAAUAGCGUUUAUACACAGACUGGUAUUCUAAACAAGAAAAUGGAUGUAAUUUAGUCACCAAAAUGGCUCUGUUAGCUGGCAAAGUCAGCGAUUGUUUCCCAUGACAGGCGUGCUUGAAAAAUGUGUCCGAUAGAAUAAUGUAAAACAUUACCGACACCCAUACCCAAUGAAAGAUGUCUGCACCAUAAGAAAGAAGGAAGUGACAGGAACAGGAAGCGGAGGUUUCAAUGGAAUAUUUUAAGCCAUCCCAUUGGCUGUUGGGAUGUUAGGAUCUGUUGGAAGAUUUUAGGCCAUCCCAUUAGCUGUUGGGAUGUUAGGACCUAUUGGAAGAUUUUAAGCCAUCCCAUUGCAGGCUGUGAAUUCAGUACAAUUCCAUGCUUCCGCAAAUCUCAGAUUUUGGGUGUGAAGCAUAAAAUUAGGAGACAA